CAUAGAUCCCUUCUUAUUAGCAAUUUCUUUUGUUUUGAUCAUAUUCUUACUCAUUAAGCACAAGACAGACUCUACAAAAAAAUUUAGAUAAGUUAGAUUCUGAUAGCUCACCAGAGAAAGCCUUAAGGCUCAAAGAACGUUUACACAGGCGCAUCAAUAUUUCUUGGUUUGUUGUUCAAUAUUCCUUAAAUGGAGAUUUUACAGGAUGAUACAAUGAGAGAGCUCUACAAUGCAUCAUUAAAUGGAUGUGUAAGUUCCUUAAGAAUAUUGAUCCAACGAGACCCUCUUAUUUUGAGCAAAGUUUCAUUGUAUCCAUUCUCUGAAACACCAUUACACAUAGCCUCUUUGCUUGGAAAUUUAGAGUUUUGUCAGAUUCUUCUUGAUACAGAUCCUAAUUUAGCAGCUGAAGUGAACUCAGAAGGACAUUGCCCUCUUCAUUUGGCUUCUGCAAAAGGGUACACUGAGAUUGUGAGAGCUAUAUUGUUGACAAAUCCAAGAACUUGCUUCAUAAGAGACAAAGAUGACAAGCAUCCUCUCCACUUUGCUGCAAUGAGAGGACGUGUGGAAGCCAUUAAGGAGCUGAUUAGUGCAAUGCCAGAAACAGAAACCAAAUGGAUGAUGACUGAGACUGAUGAUCAAGGUUCCAUUCUACACUUGUGUGUUCGCUAUAACCAUCUAGAGGCUUUGAAAAUCCUAGUGCAGUCAGUGAGAGGAGACAAUAGAUUGCAAUUCUUAUCUGUCAAAGACAAAGGGGGUAACAAUAUCCUGCAUUUAGCUGUCAGACGCACACAAAUAAAGAUCGUUAAAUACUUGCUUUCACUAUCUGAAAUGACCACAACAAUAAAUACUUUGAACAAUGCGGGUUUAACACCAUUAGACAUGUUGGAUCACGGUUCAGGAGAUUCUAUUAGUCUGACAAUCAAACAUAUUUUAACUAAAGAAGGAGCUCAAUGGUCUACAAAUAUUGUCAGAACACAUCUACCAGCUUCCUCGUCAACUCAAGUUAAUAUACACCAAAUGACUAUGUCACAAAAUAUAGCUUCUGCACAACAAGAUCGUGUGCCGUCACCACACAACAAUCCUCCACAAUCACAACCGCUGCCAACACAAACAUCACCAAGGAAUUCACAGUCCUCACAAACACGACGCAACAGAUGGAACAUGUUUGAGAACUUCUGCACAACAUACCUAAUAAACCAAGGUAAUUGGAUUGAUAAAAAGACUAAAGAACAAUUCAUGGUAGCAGCAACUGUGAUUGCGACAAUGACAUUUCAGUCGGUAAUAAGUCCGCCAGGCGGUGUUUGGCAAGAAGAUACAAAACACGGUAACCAUGCAUGCACUACUUAUGAUUUCUGUGAAGCAGGCACUGCAGUUGUGGGUUAUGUUUGGUCACCAGACUUUAUGAAAUUUAUUUUUUUCAACUCUGCUUCUUUCUUUGCUUCUCUAUGUGUGGUGUUGGUUCUCAUUAGUGGGUUUCCUCUUGGGAAUAAAGUCAUAAUGGGGAUUUUGGCAGUUUUAAUGACAAUUGCUGUCACGUUCAUGUUGCUCACUUACAUGUGGGCACUUGGAUUGGUGAGUCCUAAUCAUGUUUAUUAUAGAAUUCGUAAAUUGGGAUAUGUUUUGGUUGGUACUUGGUCUUUCUUACUUCUUGUUGUUGGUUUGAUUCAAAUUACAAGAGUGGUAUUCUGGAUUCGGUCAAAGCGUGGAUUCUCAACAAAUGCUUCACUGAGUCAGAAUUCUCCCUGUCGAAUAGUUAAUGGUUGUAUCCCAAAUUUAUUGAUGGAAGAGGAGAAUAUAACACCAAAUUUUGAGGAUGAUACGGUAAGAGCACUCUACGAAGCAACAGUAAAUGGCAGCAUAAAUGCCUUAGAAACACUAAAUCCUCUUACCUUAAGCAAAGUUCCAUUCUCUCCCUUCGGGGAAAACGCAUUACACAUAGCCUCUUUGUUUGGAUAUUUGGAUUUGUGUGUGGUUAUUCUUGAAGUAAAUCCAAGUUUAGCAACUCAAGUAGACUCGAAAGGACGUUACCCUCUUCAUUUGGCUUCAGUUGAAGGACACAUUGACAUCGUAAAAACAUUGUUGAUGGAAAAUCAAGAUAUUUGUUUGAUACCCGACAAUGAUGACAAACUUCCGAUACACUUGGCUGUGUCUGGAGGACAUGUGAAAGUCAUUGAGGAGUUGAAAAAUGGCAUGUCAUGUUCUAUUCAAAAUAUUAGUGAUGAUGGAUCAAUAUUGCAUUUGUGUGUUAGGUACAAUCAUUUGGAAGCCUUGAAAUACAUAGUGCUAUCCGUGAGUGGAGCACAAGAGUUAUUGCAUGUCCAAGACAAAGAAGGUAACACCAUUCUUCAUUGGGCAGUCAAUCUCAAGCAAAUUAAGACCAUAAAAUUCUUGCUUUCACUUCCCAAAAUGAGAGCAUCAGCAAACACUUUGAAUAACACAGGUCUAACACCUUUGGAUAUAUUGAACAACCGCUCUCCAACAGAUUUCACAGACAUUGCAAUCCAAUAUAUUUUAAAAGAAGCAGGAGUUCAAAAACCUUGUACAAAUCCAAACAUGUCUACCACCAACUCUAGCUCUAGUACUGAAGCAAAUGACCAAUCACAACAACCCAAUACAUUGAAAAAUUGGGAGAACUUUUGGUCAAAGUACAUACAACAUCAAAGAAAUUGGAUAGAAGAGUCACGUGGCACAUUAAUGAUUGUAGCAACCGUAAUUGCCACAAUGACAUUUCAAUCAGCAUUAAACCCACCAGGUGGAGUUUGGCAAGAGAAUACACAUAAUGGUGUACACACUUGCACUACUUAUGGUAUUUGCCAAGCUGGAACAGCAAUUGUUGGUUAUGAUUGGGAAAAGGGUUAUAUCAAAUUCAUGUCUUUUAACACCAUCUCUUUCUUUGCUUCACUUUGUGUUGUGUUGAUCCUUGCUUGUGGAUUUCCACUUCAAAAUAUGGUUAUAAUGUGGAUACUAAAUAUUGUAAUGACUAUUGCAAUAACGUUUAUGUUGCUUACGUAUAUUUGGGCGAUUGGGUUAGUUGCACCGUAUCAUAUUUAUUAUAAAGCUUAUUGGUUGGGGUUUAUUUUAGGUGGUGCUUGGGGUGUUAUACUUCUUGUUCUUGCUUUGAUUCAAAUUGUAAGGUUUGUCUUUUGGAUUAAAGAGAGGAAGAAGAAGAGGAAGAAGCUGCACACACGACCAUAGUUUUAAAUUGUGUUUUGCAACUACGAUUGCGACCACUAUCGAAGAUUUUAGAGGUUUUCACAUGGCAUCACAAUUCUAAAUUGGAUGUUGUUUUUAAGAGGAUCGGUUUUACCAUCUAAAAAAGAUUGUUCACCGAGUCAGAAUUCUCCUGGUGGAAUAGCUAAUGGUUGUGUACAAUAGAAAUUUCUUUUUUUAUUACUAAUGUACUUGUCUUAAUGUUCUAAAAAUACAGAAAGGUUGAAGUUUUCUUCGAUUUGGUGUUGUUAUUUAUGCUAUAGAAACUACAAAGCAAUACACAU